CAGGAACUGCCCUCUCAACGCGUUCCCAUGGCAAUCCUCGCUCCCCUUCAGGCCCGAGUGCGCUGAUUAGGUGGUCCUUCAACAGUGUAAAAACUGAACUACAAUACCCACAGGCCACCUAGCCCCGAUUUUGUUUCUAUUCUAUUUCCCAGAGUGCUCAGCGGAACCUCUAAGGGCAAGAAGCGGGUGGAGAUAGGAAGACCAGGGAAGGAGCUCGCACAGUCUUCUGGGAAACGGAGUCUUCGAGCUGGUGCGGAGUCUCCUCAGUGGAGUAGUUUGAGGAAAUUCACGCGGCGCCGGAAGUGGUUAUGAGGCGCGAGUGAGAGGAGUUGGGUCGGCGUCUCCCUCCGGGCGGGAGUCGCGUCUGUUAAUCCGGCGGAGCAGUCUUCCAGGGAGACUCACAUUCUGCCUGGUCCUCCUACUUCCGGACAUUUUGAGGCUCAUCCAGCAUGGCCAGGGAGUCAGCCCUCAGAGGAAGGGAGACUUUGCCCCAGUUCCGUUAUGCCCCCUGCAGCCCUGCCAGUGGGGAAUGUGGAGGAAAAGGAGAGGGAGCUUGAACAAGACCUCCAGCUGCUGGGCCCUAGUUGGCUGUGACUGAGGAAUUUGCACCUCUUGGGGAUGCAGCCAUGGACUUCACCUUGGACUGGGAGCACCUAGGGCUGGACCAGGGGGACCUGUUCUGGGACACAGCGCUGGACAACUACCAGAACCUUUUCCUUCUAAACCCUUCCAAACCCAAACUGACCUCCCAGCCAGAUGGCGCCGAAGAGCAGAAGGUGCUGGAGAGAGAAGGCCCAGAAUCAGCGGGCCCCAACCCGGCUGAGGUCCAGAACUGUUUUCUGGGCCAAGACUUCUUGGAAGAAGGACUCUCCAAGGAGAUCGUGGAGACGUUUUCCGAGGAUGGCCUCUGGAACUCCAGUUGGGGGAAAGCCUGUGUAGGCGAGAGUUGGUUAGAUAGUUUCCUAGGAGAUCCAGAAAGUUUUCUGAGGUCUGACUUUGUUACCAACAAGGAAAGUCCCAUAGAAGGCAGGAGUCACGAUCUCAAGGGAGAUCUCGGUCCUGAGUCCCUCCUUUCCACAGGAGAGGAUUCUGUGAUACACGAUCUUCCUGAAAAGAGCCCGGCACCAGCUACAUCUCUGGAACAUGGGAAUGACUUUGGCUGUGACUUAGACCAGAGCCGACAGGAGACUGUCCAGGAAGAGGAGAAACUGUAUAAAUGUAGUGAAUGUGGGAAGAGCUUUGACCAGAGUUACCACCUUAUCCAGCACUGGAUUAUUCAUACUAGAGAGAAACCCACUGUGCAUCAAGAGUAUGAGGAAGGUUUCAGCCAGAGUUCUUGCCUCUUUGUGCCUCUGAUGACUCAUACAGGCUACAAAUCCCACGUGUCUACCAAGAAUGGGAAGACUUCCAGUCAGAAUAUACACCACCUGUGGCAUCAGAAAAGUCACACUGGAGAAAAACGACCUAAGAAUGAAGAUGGUGACCAGCCGUCGGAUCUCAGCUUACAGCCUGCUGAGCAUCAGAAAACCCACACAGGGAGUCAGUCCUACAGAUGCAGUGAGUGUGGCAAGAGUUUCAGCCAAACCUUUCACCUUACGCAGCAUCAGAAGACCCACACCCAGAAACGCUAUGAAUGUGCCAAAUGCAAGGCGACUUUCAACUUCCGUAAAUACCUCCUCCGACACCAGAAAAUCCAUGCUGCAAACACUCCCGCUGAGUGUCAGGAGGGUGGGAAGGUCUUCAGGCGGAGCUUGCUGCUCGCCAAACACCAGUCUGUUCACACCGGAGAAAAGCCUUACAAGUGUGAUCAGUGUGGGAAACCCUUCAGGAAUAUCUCAACCCUAAAGAUCCACCAGAGGGUUCACAGUGGAGAGAAGCCUUACAAAUGCAGUGAGUGUGGGAAAGCCUUCUACCGGAACACUCACCUUAAUGAACAUCAGAGGAUUCACACUGGUUACCGGCCCUACAAAUGUCACAAAUGCAUCAAGAGUUUCAGCCGGCCCUCCCACCUGAUUCGACAUCAGUCCAUCCAUGCCACAGAAAAGCCCUACAACUGUGCUAAAUGCAAGGAAGCUUUCAGCCACAAUGAACACCUUGUCCAACACCAGAAAAUGCACAGUGUGGAGACCCCUUAUGAAUGUCAGGAGUGUGGUGAGCAUUUCAUCUGCAGUUCCACCCUAACUUGCCACCAGACUGUUCACACCAGAGAAAAACAAGGACUUGGGGAGAGCGGGAGGAUCUUGAAUCAGGACUCAGAGCAGAGGGAGCAACCAAGGAUAGGCGAGAAGCACUUUAAAUGUAACAAAUGCGAGAAAACCUUUAGCCGCAGCAAAUACCUGACUCAACACGAGAGGGUUCACACCAGGGUGAAGCCCUUUGAGUGUAACCAGUGUGGAAAAGCCUUUGGCCAAAGUACACAGCUCAUUAGCCACCAGAGCAUCCACUCUGGGGCAAGGCGGUAUGAAUGUGGGAACUGUGGGAAGGCCUUCAUCCACAGCACUUCCCUCACCAAACAUCAGUCUGUCCACAAGAGUGAGCACCCCUUUAAAUGUAAUGAAUGUGGAAAGACCUUCAGUGAGAGCGCACAUCUUUCAGAACAUUGGUUAAUCCACACUGCAGAGAAACUCUUCCAGUUUAACAAGUGCGACAAAGCCUUUGCCCACGGUAACUACCUUACUGAGGAUCAGAGAGGUCAUGCUAGAAAGAAGUCCUUUGAGUGUAACGAAUGUGGAAAAUCAUUCCAUCAGAGCUCAUGCCUUUCUAAGCAUCAGAGAGAUCACACAGGUGAGAAACCCCACAAAUGCCCAGAUUGUGGGAAAACCUUCAGCCUGGGUGCUCAACUCAUUCAACACCAGAGAGUUCACACCGGAGAAAAGCCUUAUGUUUGUCAGGAAUGCGGGAAAGCCUUCAGCCAGAGCUCGUGCCUUUCUGUUCACCAGCGAGUUCACACCGGAGAAAAGCCUUAUGUUUGUCAGGAAUGCGGGAAAGCCUUCAGGCAGCGCUCGUGCCUUUCUGUUCACCAGAGAAUUCACACUGGAGAAAAGCCUUAUGUUUGUCAGGAAUGUGGGAAAGCCUUCAGCCAGAGCUCAUGCCUUUCUGUUCACCAGAGAAUUCACACUGGGGAGAAGCCUUACGUGUGUGCUGAAUGUGGGAAAGCCUUUGCCCAGAAAGCAAAUCUGAUGCAGCAUGAGAGAAUUCACACUGGGGAGAAGCCUUAUGCCUGUAGGGUAUGUGGGAAAGCCUUUGGCCUCAGUGCGCAUCUCAGUCAGCACCAGAGAGUUCACACACAAGAGAAACUGCAGUGUCAACCUUGUCAGCCCUUUGCAGCAGGUCUCAGCAGACAUCAGCAAGUUCACACUUACAGGUAACAAGGAGUUUAGAAAGUAACAAGUAGCAAUACUUCUUACUACUGGGUGGCAGCAAAGCCCCAGACAUCUGAACACAGUUCAUCUGAGUCCUAAAGUUGAAACCACAUUGUAAGCUCCCUGCCCCCAAAUAAAUACAUCUCUUUAUCCAUAAAGAGUGAUUAGAAAAUUUGUACACAAGUUUCAUGAAAACACAGUAGUUGAGAACAUGGGAAUUCAGAGGUAGAGCCAGUUGGCUGAUUGAAAUCUCAGCUCUGACACCUGCUAUCUGAGUGAUCCUGGGAGAGUCAUGGGACCUCCUAGGGCCUCAGCAUCCUCAUCUGUAAAAUGGGCACAAGACCUACCUCAGAGGGCUGUUGUGAGGAUAAAUAAAUAGAUGUAAAUAAGCACUUUGAACUGAGUGUCCAGCACAUAUUGAGUGGCCACCAAAUGUGAGCUACAAGUACUUAUGAGAUACAACGAAUAUAUAUAUAUAUAUAGCAAUCCUCUAUUUACUGCAGUUAAUGUUCUUGCUAAUACUGUGUGGUGGCUUUUAUUUUUUAAAAAAGAUAUUUAUUUAUUUACUUGUGAGAGAGCAUGAGCAGGGAGCCCAACCUGAAAUUCGAUCCUAGGACCCUGAGAUCAUGACCUGAGCCAAAGGUAGAUGCCCAAAUAACUGAGCCACCCAGGUGUGCCUCAUUUUUUUUUUUUAAAGACUUUACUUUUAAGUAGUAUCUAUACCCAAUGUGGGGCUCAAACUCACCACCCUGAGACAAAGAGCCAUAUGCUCUUCUGAUUGAGCCAGGUGCCCUUAUGUCACUCUCAUUUUUUUAGAUAGUUUUUUUUUUUUAAAGAUUUUAUUUAUUUUAGAGUGAGUGGGAGGGCGAGGAAGAGAGAAUCUGAAGCAGACUCCACACUGACUACAGAGCCACAACCCUGAGAUCACAACCUGAGCCAAAACCAAGAGUUGGAUGGUCAACUAGCUGAGCCAUUCAGGUGUCCCAUAUAGCUUUCAUUUUUAAAAGUUUUCUCCAAAAUGGCCCUGGCUAAAUUUAGUUCCCCAAACCCAGCACCUUGCUCUUUUCUUUAAAAAAUGUCUAGGCUUUUCGUUCCCUUUCCUCUGUUGUACUUUCUUAACCACAGAAGCUAAGAAGAGCAUGUAAACUAACACCAAAUAGCUAGAACUUUCUAAUCCUCUAACCUCCCAAACCUCCCACUCAGAAGGACACCCUCCCACAUAUACAUGUCACCUCUUCCCAUAGUUCCCUUCCCCCAUUUAAAGUUGGUUAUACAGUAUGAGACCCAGUUUGCUGUGGGAGUUAAUGGUACUGGAAGCAAUAGGAUUCAUUUGGGAAAGCUGCAUUGUAUAUUGCCACAUGGUUCACAGAAGAUGUGCUUGAUGGUAGAAAUUGUGGUAUACGGAAAUGACAGCUAGAAUGUUCUUCAUGUACCAUUUGUUCAAGCCAGGUGCUUUGUCAGGCUCCAGGGUAGGGAAUACCAAUGUGGUAAGCCCUGCUCUGGCCUUGAAACUUCUGGAAUCAAAGGGAAGUGGAUGGCCCCAUUUCCACAGAGAGGUACCAUUCAUUUACAAGUGACAUCUUAAAAUGCCACAUUGCCUCAUGUCACAGCAAGUUCUGGGACCAUGGAGGAGUGCUAGAGAGCCCAGAGAGGACACCAUCCUUCCUGUUGGAACUUCAGGUCAGCUGCUUGCCAGGCCUGUUCUACAGCUGAGACACGUGAAACCACACGGCUCCCUCUUGAUGACACCUUCUCAGCUCUGGGUGUUUGUGUCCCACCCACUGAGUGACCAGUGACAGGUUUCCUGAAGCACAAACAGAAUCUAAUGAAGACACUGACACUUUGGGUAUCUUUCAUGUUUUUGGCGCUAAAAAGCUUAGGAAUAUGUGCUCUGUGCUCUUGAGCUUUUUAAACCUUGCACCUUGCAUUGUUCUGGUUGAUUGUUAUUGUUGAAACUGGGAACGGACUGGCUGACCACUGGGGCCCACACCACAGUGGGGAACUUACUAAUUUUCAAAUGGCCAGAACAGCGAGCUUGCUGCCUGUGGUCCCCACCCUCCGAUCACUGUGUAGUCUCUGCAGUGGGCCUGUUCUCUACCAAAAGGGCAGCGCAGAGGCAGGAACUCAAACUGAUGAGUGUGUUCAGUGAGAGUUUUGACACUAGAGAGAGAGGCGAGAGGCCUUGUGGAAAAUUGGCAGCCCUGCUGGGGGGCAGACUCUGUAACUACUGACCUGUAUUGCCGGGGGCCAGUGUGGAAGUGCCCUUCAUGUGUGCGUGUUGGUUCUCUGAUUAAAGUUUUGUCUAAAAA